AUGACUAGUACAGUGAUGAAAGUAGAAAUUGAGACCGAGGCAUGCUCUGUUUGUGGCGGCGGUGGUGAUUUAUUCACUCCGGAGGAACACGACGCGGGCGCACCGCCAAUGCAAGUGCCGCUGAGGGCUAUGCUCUUGCACAUAAACAAUAAUAAGGUGGUCCCUGAGGGUAAAUUAUGUGUAAGUUGUAUACGUCGCGCCAUUGAAGCUUAUGAGUUUAGUACUGCUUUAAGUACUAGAUCGGUGCCUCCUUUAAGUGAAAAAAUCCGUGCAUUACGAAGAAGGCUUCAUGAACUAACACAGAAAAUUGAUGUUUUCAUAGUAGUAGGGGGACCAGGUGUAAAUUCUGGUGGAGCAUAUAGUGAAGAUGACAUAAUUAUGGUAGAAAGAGACGCCUUAGCGGCAGCUGCUGCUGCCGAUGACGAAGACUUGGAGAAAGCUAGGAAUGCAUGUGGGGAGACAGUAUAUCAGUGUUCUAUAUGCCCAAUGUCAUUUCAGCAUGCAAGUGAAUACCGGGCCCAUAUUGCGAUCCAUCCCGGCGGGGCUCGGCACUCGUGCUGGACAUGUGGAGCACAGUUUAAUAGCAAGGAUGCUUUACGAGACCACACAACAUUGCACGCCGCUGCACAAACACUGACAUGUAACUUGUGUUCUAUUACAUUUCAGAGCGGCGCGGAGAUGCGGCGGCACGAGGGCGCGUGCGCGGCGCGCUGCCCGGCGUGCGGGCUGCGCGCGGGCGGGCGCGCGGCGCUGGCGGCGCACGCGCGGCGCGAGCAUGCGCGCGCGCUGUGCGCCACCUGCUUCCUGCCGCUGCGCGACGCGGGCGAGCGCGCGGCGCACGCGCUGGCGCACCGCCAGGCCGACCGCUUCGUCUGCGGGUACGACGCCUGCAUACUCAGGUUCGCCAACAGGAGCGACCUGCUGGCGCACAUCCGCAAGUGCCACGCGGGCGCGGCGGCGGGCGCGGGCAUGGGGGAGGCGGAGCAGGGUGCGGGGGAGGCGCCGCCGACCACCGCGUGCGAUCAGUGCGGCCGCACGUUCGGUUCCGUCGCCGCCAUGAAGCGACACGCUAGAGUGCAUCGGAAGGAGCUGCCGCAGGAGGAGCCGGAGUGGGCGGCGGAGGGCGAGCUGGAGGCGCCGGGCGGCGACGUGGAGUACCUCGAGCUGGAGGCGCUGGACGACCUCGACCACCAC